GGACGGGAGAUCGUGGAUUGAUAUUGGCCGGGAACACGUACGUAUAGCCGCCGCGUUCUCGUCCGCCAUGGCUCACAACGCGGCCGCCGCAGCUGAUCACGGCCAAGGCAUCCGGACGUCGUCGAGGUGCGUCGUGGACGGCGCGACACACGAUUUCGUGGUGAUCAACUACCCGCUGCUCGAUGGCAUGUGCAUCCGAAACUGCGUAAUCUCCAGUGCGUUCAGGGUCGGCGGCUACGAUUGGAGCAUCAUGUUCUACCCGGACGGAGUGGAAGUAGCCGGCUACGCGUCAGUCUACUUGUGUUAUCUCAGCCAGGCCAAGGGCGGGGUGAGGACAAGCUUCACCUUAACCAUGCUGGACGAUCAAGGCAACGUACAUGCAAUCAGGCAGGAACCGGGAUUCAUCUUCGGUGAGAAGGAAACCUGGGGCUAUGCCGAAUUCGUCGAGAAAUCCAAGCUGAGAUCGUCAUAUCUCCUAACGAUAAGGUGCGUGCUCGCUGUGAUCAAAGAACCACCGUCGGAGUGCAAGAGCAAUCUUAUCGUGGACCCUCCGCCGGAGCUGCCUGGCCGCCUCCACCGCGCCCUCAAGAACGGGAGAGGCACCGACAUCACCCUCCUCGUGGGCGGCAGGGCGUUCAGCGCGCACAAGUUCAUGCUGGCCGCGCAGUCGCCGGUCUUCGAAGCUCAGCUCUUUGGCCCGAUGGCGCAGAAGGACAUGCGGUGGAUCAAGGUUGUCGACAUGGAGCCGGCCAUCUUCGAGAUGCUUCUUCACUACAUCUACACGGAUUCACUGCCGCCGUGUGGCGAAGACAAUUACGAUACAGCCACGAUGCAGCAUUUGCUAGUCGCCGCGGACCGGUACGGGCUGGAGAGGUUGUGUUGAAACAUGAGCAAUUUACCAAAUGAUUUUAUUAGUAGAAAUAUUAGAUAAAACAUGACUAAUAUAACAGUGACAAAACAAGCCAUGCAAUUUGACAAAGAAAAGGUAAACAACAUCUUCAUAUAUGAACUGUAACUGAACAUAUCUAGAGCAACCAGUAUAGCAAGUUGCAUAUAUGAAAUAGAGUCUAACAUAUGUAGGGCAAA